UUAAAAAUGAAGAAACGUUUUUCUAAAUCUGUAGACGCACUAAAUAUCAAAUCACCCACUUCAGAACGCAAAUCGAAACAAAAAACAUCAAAAAAAGACCGAGGCAAAGAUGAAAAUUAUAAAACAAAUCAAUCAAAAGAUGUAAACGAAGUUCUAGACGUUGACAAAAUCAUAACUCAAUUACUGAGCAAAAACGAGAAGAGGAACGAAAAAACAUUUCCGUUAAGUGAAAAUAUAAUACGUUUGCUCUGUAUAAGAGCAAGAGAGUUGUUUUUGAGUCAACCAAUGCUUCUGGAGUUAGAAGCUCCAAUUAAUAUAUGGGGUGACAUUCAUGGUCAGUAUCAGGAUAUGUUGCGUCUGUUCGAAAAGGCAGGAUUUCCUCCAGACGCCAACUACUUAUUCCUCGGGGAUUAUGUGGAUCGAGGAAAACAAUCCUUGGAAACGAUCUGUCUGCUCUUGGCCUACAAAAUUAAAUAUCCCGUUAAUAUAUUCCUUUUGAGAGGAAACCACGAAUCGGACACAGUGAAUAGGAUUUAUGGGUUUUAUGACGAGUGCAAAAGAAGGCUGAGCAUAAAAAUAUGGAAGACUUUCGUGGAUAUUUUCAAUACGAUGCCUGUUGCUGCGAUUAUUUCCGACAAGAUUUUUUGUUGUCAUGGCGGUCUGAGUCCUGAUUUGAAGCAAAUGGAUCUGAUCAGGAAGAUUGCUAGGCCAACUAAUGUUCCAGACUCUGGUUUAUUAUGUGAUUUACUGUGGUCAGAUCCGGAACCAAAUGUAGAAGGUUGGGGAGAAAACGAUAGAGGAGUGUCUUUUACAUUCGGAGUCGACGAAGUGGACAAGUUUUUGGUCAAAAACGAUUUAGAUUUAAUAGUACGAGCUCAUCAAGUUGUAGAAGAUGGAUAUGAAUUUUUCGGAAAAAGAAAACUGGUUACCAUUUUCUCAGCACCCAAUUAUUGUGGCGAAUAUGAUAAUGCUGGUGCAAUGCUUUGUAUUGACGAGGAAUUAACUUGUUAUUUUAAGAUUAUCACUGGAGUAAAGAGCACAUAUUUUUUAUAUAAAAAAAAUAAAAUUGCCCCAAGUACCAAUUUAUAUGGGAUCCCGUUAGACAAACAAUUUAGUAGGAAAUCGUCUUAUAAUUGCGCCUUCAACUCCAACGACGCCGGGGAAAAAUAGGAAAAAUCAUCGCAUCUGUCGCGUCAAUUAGCAAAAUCCGUGAAAAAGUGGGAUAAUUGCAAAUUGCGCUCUUGGACUUAAUAGAGAAGUCGUAUCGAGUCUUCAGAUCGUUGCGAUAAGAAUAAAUUAGCAGUAAUAACGUGAUGGGUCAAUUCUAACUGAGAACUUAUCUCUUAUUUUAUCACCGACAUUUACAUAAACAUCUCCAGUUCUCGCGUUGGCAAAACCAACAGUAAAACCUAUACACGUAAGUGUCUAAACUGGAAGUGAAAUCAUUUGUUCGUUGUUUGAAACAGGGUAACAUGUAGGACGUGAAUCAAUUACAGGGACCCCUCG